GUGAAACCGGAGUAGGCACGAUGCCACAGAAGAGCAAAGAAUUUUCAUCGUGUGAUCGUUCAGACGGAACAACGCUUUAGACAGGACCAGCAGACAAAACAGCUUACCCUAUGCUUCAGAGGAUUAGUGAUAGUACAGUGUGAGGCUAGGUUAUUUAAAAACAAUUUGCCGUUAUGUCACUGGGAAAUGUCGUACCUGAGGAUGUGAAAUCUAUGUGGUUAUAGGACACAUACAACUGCCUUCUUCGGAAAUUGAUUAGUUCGAACACCUUAUCGGAUGUACUUGUAAAAACCUGUAUUAUAAGUGCCAAGGGAAGAUUCAUCAUAACCAGAAUUUUUAUCUUCCUCAUCAUUAUCAUUCCACAGACAGGAAAGCUUUCUGUUUUAAUAGACCUACAGUCAAUUAUGACGUUGGCUGAAUGAGGAGAGAAGUGCCAGUAAUGUUGUUUUAAUGAGAAGAGAUGAAAAUCUUAUCAGAUUUAUACCACUUUGAAAACAUCACCAUGACUGUGUUUCCAAUAUUACAGUUCUGACAGUCUACCCCAACACCCCAUGAAUUCUUCAUCCAGAAAUUUGGAAUAUUCCAUGUUGCUGGAAUUUAUUGCAAUGUGACAGUUUGCUGCAAAAAGCAAAUCUGAAAACAACUUUCUCAAACUUAAAAGUGUAUACAUCUUAGGCUUGAAAAUCAAGUCAUUUCUGGAUAAAAACUUCAAAAAUGUUUUUUUUUAUUCAAUAUUGAAGAAGAAAAUUAACAAAAACAUAAAUUAAUUUGUUUUGGUGCAAUUUUUUUACUGAUGAGCUGUUUGGGUUUCAAGACUGAACUUACACAUGAAAAUGAGGCGUAAGACACUGUUUGGAGGCUUGCUAUGCAUGUGCUUCGUGUUUUUCAUAUACAGUUAUCUCCCUUGUGAGAAUGGACCAAAAGCCUAUAUGGUUCCGAAGGAGCAAAUCAAAUAUAUAUACGACCACAAUCAGAAAGCAAUACCUUAUGAUAAAAACAUGCCAAUUAUAUUCAUUGGUGGCAUGCCACGAAGUGGCACAACACUAAUGCGAGUCAUGCUCGAUGCACAUCCAGAGGUUCGGUGUGGAGAGGAAACACGAGUUAUUCCAAGAAUUCUCGGAAUGAGGACACACUGGCAACGAUCCGAGACGGAGAAGCGUCGUCUCAAUGAAGCAGGAAUCACAGACGAUGUUAUAGACUCAGCCAUAACGGCAUUCAUGUUAGAAGUGAUUGCCAAGCACGGAGAAGCUGCACCAAGAUUGUGUAACAAGGAUCCAUUCACAUUGAAAUCUAGUCUAUAUUUAUCAAAAUUAUUUCCAAACUCCAAAUUCUUGUUCUUGAUACGUGACGGUCGAGCUGUUGUGCAUUCAAUCAUUUCAAGAAAGGUCACAAUUACUGGAUUUGACCUCACUAGUUAUCGAAGUUGUCUUAAAAAAUGGAAUCAAGCGAUGGAGUCCAUGUAUGCGCAGUGUCUCCAUGUUGGCUCCGGACAUUGUAUGCCAGUUUACUAUGAACAACUCUCCCUACAUCCGGAAUUGUGGAUGAAACGGAUACUAGAAUUCCUGGAUCUACCUUGGAAUAGCUCUGUACUUCAUCAUGAAGAUUUUGUUGGAAAGCCUGGUGGAAUCUCGUUGUCAAAGACAGAGAAAUCAUCUGAUCAAGUGAUUCGUCCGGUGAAUAUCGAGGCGCUGAGUCGCUGGGUGGAGCAUAUACCAAAACAGGAUAAGAUUGACAUGGGGACUAUUGCUCCAAUGUUAAAAACUCUUGGGUACGACCCUUUCGCCAACCCGCCGGACUACGGAAAACCUGAUCCAAGGGUCGCUGAUAAUACCAUGCAUGUAAAACAGAACUUAGAUUUCUGGAAAAAUCGUGAACUUGAAAUCAUGACUUCAGAAAAGAUCCAUCAAAGAAGAAAAUCCAAUAUGGACAAUGAGCCACCAAGUUGAUGAUCGUUGAUUAAUGAAAUAUUUUGUUGUUAAAUUACAGAUGGUCAGAAUAGUAUAUUUUCAAACAGUUGACUGUUCUUUUCAUUUAAAAUUUCACAUGCCAAGAAAGUGUUCACAGACAUAUGGUUUUUACUUAAGGUAGGUAGUUAUAGACUACAGUAUUGAUGAAGUCAUACUACAAAGAACAAAUGUGAUAUACCUCUAUUGGAUAUCUGUAUAAACCAUACCUGUGUAUAGGAUAUCUGUAUCCCCAUACCUGUGUAUAGGAUAUCUGUAUCCCCAUACCUGUGUAAAGGAUAUCUGUAUCCCCAUACAUGUAUAUAGGAUAUCUGUAUCCCCAUACCUGUGUAUAGGAUAUCUGUAUCCCCAUACUUGCGUAUAGGAUAUCUGUAUCAACCAUACCUGUGUAUAGGAUAUCUGUAUCCUACACCUCUGGGUAGGAUAUCUGUAUCUGCCGUACUUGUAGGUAGUAUAUCUGUCCCAUUCAAGAACAAUUAUUUUCCAACAAUAUUGGGUAUACGAUAUCUAUGCUGUACUCUGGUAUUUGAUUCUUCGUAGCUGGUUAGAGUAUAUUGAAGUUAUCUGAUAUAAAUGUGGGUUUCUCUCAUACAUGUGGAUGUACCAGCGAUCUCUAAGAUAAGAGUGUAAAGUUAAGAGAUUUUAUCACUCCUGUGUGAUAAACAUAGUAAAAUCUAAAAUAUCAGGGCAAGAAUUGUUUGGAUCAGCACAUAUCAGGGGUACCAUUUUGUUAAACCUGUAUAAUAUUAAUGCAUAAUAUUCAUAGACUGGACUGCUGUUAUCCAAAAAUACCUUGGAGUCUGAAUAUUAUGUUCUAGUCCGAUUUUAUAUUAAUUUUUGAUUUUUCUCUAUGGAUAAUUUUUAAUGUAAUAGAAUAAUAUUUCAAAUGUUGUAUGUUGCAUAAUUUGCAAGUUAGAAAAAAAUAAAACAAAAAAAGAUGUAUUAAUGAUCUUAAAAUUGAUCUGAUUAAAAAUACAGCUGUGUUCCAUAUGGAGAAUUAUAUAGUCAACAGUUUAUCUGAAUCAGGCUGGUUAACACAAAUUAUUUAUUCUGUCACAUUGGCAGUAAAAACUUAUUUAAUGCAGAUGUGUUAUGUGAAAAUAAGGGAAAUGUGCAAAAUAUUUACAUGUACAUUGAACUUUUCUUUAAUCCUGCCAACUUUGUUUCUCAUAAAAAUGGCUUUUUCUUCAUUGUUGGAGUAAAUAGGACUCUGGGAUAAAAGACGAAAUUUUGUCAAAAGUAAUAGGGUGAAUGGUAGAAAUAUUGGAAUAUUCGUGGCAUGGAAUAGUGAAAACUUGACUUCAUAUGCGACUAAAAUGUAUUCACUGUUACAAUAUAUCACAUGUUCCCCAUUAAAGGAGACACGGUGGCCGAGUGGUUAAGAUGUCCCCACACUUUAUCACUAGCCCUCCACCUCUGGGUUGCGAGCUCGAAACCUACGUGGGGCAGUUGUCAGGUACUGACCGUAGGCCGGACCGGUGGUUUUUCUCCGGGUACUCCGGCUUUCCUCCACCUCCAAAACCUGGCACAUCCUUAAAUGACCCUGGCUGUUAAUAGGACGUUAAACAAAAACAAACAAACAAUCCCCAGUAUUUGUGCAGUAACCAGUCCCCUCGGCCCCAGGUGAAAGUCACGUUGACACUUAUUAAUCAAUUGCAUAGGUGACACUCACAUCUGGAGCCGAGGAUAGGAGGUAUCUGUGUAGGUGAGAGAAAUUUUGUGUCUGGAAAAAAAAAAGUUUUAAAACUUUAAUUUUCAGUGAUAGUCAUUAUCAUUAGAAGUUGUGAUACUCAUGAAACAUUUAUUCUUGAACUGUUAGAAUUGAUAUGUUCUAUAGAAAUAUGAUUUAUUAUUAUAUCAUUGUUAAUUUAUUUUAAUUGUUUAAACAGCAUUGAUCUAUUAUUGCCAUCCCACACAGAUCUGAAUUGGAGACGUUCAUCUAUCAUUGGUUUAACCCAACAAACUUCUCAUAUAUUCUUUACUCUUUGGAUAAUUCAGCAAAUUUUCCCCUUGUUUCAAAAACUAUUCAGAAUGACUACAUUGAGAUAUCCAUGAAAAUUCUAAAAAAAAAAAAAUGGACUUCAAAAAAAAUUGCGAAACAACAAAUUUUUUUAAGGCGAAUACAUUUAGACAUCUAUGAGAAUACAGUAAAAAUGGACUUUCAUUUUUGUGGUAUACAUGUGUAUCUAGAGCCCUACGGAGAUUUCCUUUCAAAAUAUUAUUACAUUAUUACACAAUUGAUGAAGAAAUUCCUUUGAAGAUACUCAAAUCCUAUCACAAUAUUUAAUCUGGGAAAAAAAUGAGUCUCAUGUUAUUAGCCGUACUUUUCUUGAUCAGUGAUCAUUGAUUUCCAUUUUUAUUCAUGUUUUGUCUAGUCUUCACUAGAUAUAUGAUACUCAUCACCGAGCUUAAUCUUGAAUACAUGUUUUGUUUUGAAGUACCGAAUACUAUACUACCGGGUAAUAUGAACAUUAAAACACAAUGUCCUACUUAAAUUUUAUAUCCUUUGUUUAUUUGGAAAUACACGUUUUCAGAUAUUGAUCAACUUAUUUGAACAAGUACAUUAGUGUAUAUAAAUGUUGAAGUAAAAAUAGAUUUUAUGUCGAUAAUAUCACUUAUGAAAAAUUUUCACAAAAUUUUCUUUUUGAUUUGAGCUCUGUCUGUUACAGAUAAAAAUAUAUAUACUUUUAUUGUGUAUAUAUGGCACAAAUACGUACUUAAAAGAAUCUAUUUAUAGAAUCAAGUUGACAGAAUUUUCAAAAUCCCAUUGUUGGCUCUAUAUAUAUAUCAUACAUUUAAUUUUUGUAUAAAUGUAUCUUUGUAGUCAUUGUUAGAAAUACAUUUAGUGUUGUAAGCAUAUGUAUAUUGGACUGUUGUCUCAUUUAUGAUAAUUAUAUCAUUUAAAGCUUAUUAUAGCUUAGAACUAAUUGAAAAUAUGUUAAUCUCUUAAUCAAAGAUUGAAAUUCAGGGACAAGUGUGUCAAUAUUACAAACAUUAGAGUCUUACUGUAGCCUCCCGUAAGAUACGCAUGCAUUUUCACACACAGGGAGGCAGUCUCCAUUAAAGGUCCCAUACGCGAGCUAAUAUGUAGGGGACCACAAUGCACUCUGGGAGAGAUUGACAGGGGAGCCGUCCUUAAAUGACCAUAGCUGUUUAUAGGACGUUAAAUAAUAUAAAACCAAAUCAUAUCAAAACCUAGUGUGGCUGUAAACUUCGAUAUGAUUUUGUAUGCAAAAUACCAACAGGAAAUUUUGCCUUGUACGCUUCAAUUUAAAUGAUGUACCUGAAAUGUUUUAAUGUGAAUGCUUGAUCUCCACGAUAUGCUUUUGCGAUUUGUAUCGUAGUUUUGUCCUCGUUUAAAUGUAACUAGAUUUGGCAUCUGUUCAUUAUCGUUUGUUACAAGUAUAUUAAAUAGUAUAUUUAAGUGAAAGUUGUGUGAAUGAUUUGCAUGAAAUUGGUUUGUACUUAAAGACGGCGUGUAAAAAUUUAGAUUAUUGAAAAUAUGGGCAAUUUUAAUCGGAACUCAGAAGUUUUUUUGCUUUUUUUUGCAGAAUCACCAGUUUUUAAAAAAGAGUAAGCUAAAAUUUAUUCACAAAUAAGCCCUCUCAAAACUUUAAUACUAAAUUUUUACAUGAGGGAGUGGAACUUAUUUGAGGAUAAAUAUGGCACUUCACUUUUACACUAGGGAAAGGAGCUUAUUUCAGGAUGAAUACAGUAUUAAAUUUUUACACUAGGAGAGGGAGCUUGUUUGAGGAUAAAUAUGGUACUAAAUUUUAACACUAGGGGAGGGCUUAUUUUCCGAUAAAACUGGUACUAAAUUUGUACAAAUAUUGUUUAUUAUAUAUAUUGCUUCAUUAAACAUGUUUAAGAUGUUCAUGAAAACAUAAGUACCACAUAACUCACUGAAGGUACUUUGGGGGUUGUUUUUUUCCAUUAGUGUCAUUUUUCAAAUCUUGUGUAUCAUUGUUCCUUUUUGUAACUAAAUAUAUACACGAUACUUUUUCGUGUGUGGGGUGAAAAUCUUUGUAUAUUUGAAAUAUAUAAACAUACUGAAUGCAUAUUAAAAAUGUGACCAAAUAUUUUUAAUAACCCAUAUCAAUAAUACAUGUUCAAACCUGGAUUGUCUUAUUACAGAAAAUUAGUCUAUAUCUGGUUAAAUACUGACAUAGUUACUGUAGACUGAGAAUGGGUCCAUAUCUGGUUACAUACUGACGUAGUUACUGUAGACUGAGAAUGGGUCCAUAUCUGGUUACAUGCUGACAUAGUUACUGUCGACUGAGAAUGGGUCCAUAUCUGGUUACAUACUGACGUAGUUAUUGUAGACUGAGAAUGGGUCCAUAUCUGGUUAAAUACUGACGUAGUUACUGUAGACUGAGAAUGGGUCCAUAUCUAGUUAAAUACUGACGUAGUUACUGUAGACUGAGAAUGGGUCCAUAUCUGGUUAAAUACUGACAUAGUUACUGUCGACUGAGAAUGGGUCCAUAUCUGGUUACAUACUGACGUAGUUACUGUAGACUGAGAAUGGGUCCAUAUCUGGUUACAUACUGACGUAGUUACUGUAGACUGAGAAUGGGUCCAUAUCUGGUUACAUACUGACGUAGUUACUGUAGACGGAGAAUGGGUCCAUAUCUGGUUAAAUACUGACAUAGUUACUGUAGACUGAGAAUGGGUCCAUAUCUGGUUACAUGCUGACAUAGUUACUGUAGACUGAGAAUGGGUCCAUAUCUGGUUACAUACUGACGUAGUUACUGUAGACUGAGAAUGGGUCCAUAUCUGGUUACAUUCUGACAUAGAUACUGUAGACUGAGAAUGGGUCCAUAUCUGGUUACAUACUGACGUAGUUACUGUAGACUGAGAAUGGGUCCAUAUCUGGUUAAAUACUGACAUAGUUACUGUCGACUGAGAAUGGGUCCAUAUCUAGUUAAAUACUGACGUAGUUACUGUAGACUGAGAAUGGGUCCAUAUCUGGUUACAUACUGACGUAGUUACUGUAGACUGAGAAUGGGUCCAUAUCUGGUUACAUACCGACGUAGUUACUGUAGACUGAGAAUGGGUCCAUAUCUGGUUACAUACCGACGUAGUUACUGUAGACUGAGAAUGGGUCCAUAUCUGGUUACAUGCCGACGUAGUUACUGUAGACU